GUUGUUGUUUCCUCCUCCUGCCUCCCAGGGCUUGAAUGGUGGAGCUCCGACUCUCGGUGCCGCUGGACAAACAGUGACAGCUCCCUCUCCAGCCGCCGACGGGGGAGCUCGGCCUCCACCAAGCCGGGCUCCUCCGCUCACCAUGUCCGGGGACGGCGGUGGCGGCGGCAGGCACACGGCGGAACUGCGAGCGGAGCUCUAUUUCCUCAUCGCCCGCUUUCUCGAGGACGGACCCUGUCAGCAAGCUGCUCAGGUCCUGAUCCGAGAAGUGGCCGAGAAGGAGCUGCUGCCCAAGCGCACCGACUGGACGGGCAAGGAGCAUCCCAGGAGCUACGAGAGCCUAGUAAGAGAAGCGGCCGGUCGGCGUGCUGAAACUCUCUUUUCAAGAAAACUGAAUGGAAAAUACAGACUUGAACGCCUGAUUCCGACUGCUGUUUAUCAACACAUGAAAAUGCACAAGCGAAUCUUGGGACAUUUGUCUUCAGUAUAUUGUGUAACAUUUGAUCGAACUGGCAGACGGAUAUUUACUGGGUCCGACGAUUGUCUUGUGAAAAUUUGGGCUACUGAUGAUGGAAGAUUGCUUGCUACUUUAAGAGGACAUGCGGCUGAAAUAUCUGACAUGGCUGUUAAUUAUGAGAAUACCAUGAUUGCUGCAGGGAGCUGUGACAAAAUGAUCAGAGUAUGGUGCCUCCGAACAUGUGCCCCUUUGGCUGUUCUGCAAGGCCACAGUGCAUCCAUAACCUCACUACAAUUUUCCCCACUGUGCAGUGGAUCAAAGCGUUACCUGUCUUCAACUGGGGCGGACGGCACAAUAUGUUUUUGGUUAUGGGAUGCUGGCACCCUUAAAAUAAAUCCAAGGCCAACAAAGUUUACUGAGCGUCCAAGGCCUGGAGUCCAGAUGAUUUGCUCUUCUUUCAGUGCUGGUGGAAUGUUUCUGGCCACUGGAAGUACAGAUCACAUCAUUAGGGUUUAUUUCUUUGGAUCAGGUCAGCCAGAGAAGAUAUCAGAGUUGGAGUUUCAUACUGACAAAGUGGAUAGCAUUCAAUUUUCCAACACUAGUAAUCGCUUUGUUAGCGGAAGUCGUGAUGGCACAGCACGCAUUUGGAUGUUCAAAAGAAAGGAAUGGAAGAGCAUUUUAUUAGAUAUGGCUACUCGUCCUGCAGGCCAAGCCCUACAAGGUGUAGAAGACAAAAUCACAAAACUGAAAGUUACAAUGGUGGCAUGGGACCGUCAUGACAACUCUGUUAUUACAGCAGUAAAUAACAUGACUUUGAAAGUUUGGAAUUCCUUCACUGGUCAACUUAUUCAUGUCCUUAUGGGACACGAGGAUGAGGUAUUUGUACUUGAGAGUCACCCUUUUGAUGCCAGAGUUCUGUUUUCAGCCGGCCAUGACGGAAAUGUCAUAGUAUGGGAUUUGGCAAGGGGAGUCAAAAUCCGGUCUUAUUUCAAUAUGAUUGAAGGGCAAGGUCAUGGAGCAGUCUUUGACUGCAAAUGUUCACCUGAUGGCCAGCAUUUUGCAUGCACAGACUCUCAUGGUCAUCUUCUCAUCUUUGGCUUUGGCUCCAGUAGUAAAUAUGACAAGAUAGCAGAUCAGAUGUUCUUUCACACCGAUUAUCGGCCACUUAUCCGUGAUGCCAACAACUUUGUGUUGGAUGAACAGACCCAGCAGGCACCACAUCUCAUGCCGCCUCCAUUUUUGGUUGAUGUUGAUGGCAAUCCUCAUCCAUCCAGAUAUCAAAGAUUAGUCCCAGGCCGUGAGAACUGUAGAGAAGAACAGCUUAUUCCUCAGAUGGGAGUAACGUCCUCAGGACUGAAUCAAGUUUUGAGUCAACAAGUUAGUCCUUUGGACAGCAUGAUACAAAGACUCCAACAAGAGCAAGAUCAGAGACGUUCUGGAGAGGCUGGAAGUAGCAACACUAACAGAGUUGGCAGGGGCUCCGUAAAUGCUACCUCAGAGGUACAUUCACCACCAAAUGUGGGAUUGAGGCGGAGUGGACAGAUUGAGGGUGUUCGACAGAUGCAUAGCAAUGCUCCAAGAAGUGAAAUGGCUACUGAACGAGACUUAGUAGCAUGGAGCCGAAGGGUUGUUGUGCCAGAAUUGUCACCAGGAGUAGCCAGUAAGCAAGAGGAAUGGCGAACGGCAAAAGGGGAAGAAGAAAUAAAGACUUACAAGUCGGAAGAGAAAAGAAAACAUGUUACAAGUCAUGUUCCUAGAGAGAACAAAAUACCUUCUUUACCUAAGAACCAUUCCAGUGAUCAUGUAUUAGAUAUUGCCGAUUCGAAAAAGCAGCAAGCCAAUCAGCAUAACUACCAUACUAGAUACGCAUUGGAAGAAACUUCUAGGCCAAAUGAAGAUCUGGAAAAUGGAAGUAUUUCCUCAGAAGAAGGAGAAGUAGCUGUUGCCAGUGGUGGAACUUCUGAAGAUGAGGGGAAAGUAUGGCACAGUGAUGGAAGUUCUAGUGACUACUCUAGCGAUUAUUCUGACUGGACAGCAGAUGCUGGAAUUAAUCUACAACCACCAAAGAAAAUUCCUAAAAUUAAGACCAAGAAAGUAGAGAGCAGUUCAGAAGAUGAAGAGGGGCCUGAAAAACAGAGGCAAAAGCAAAUCAGAAAGGAAAGGAAAAAAGGUAUUGAAGAUAAAGAUGGUCCAACAUCACCAAAGAAAAGGAAACCCAAAGAAAGAAAACAAAAGAGGUUGGCUGUAGGAGCGUUAACAGAAAAUGGUUUGACACUAGAAGAAUGGCUGCCUUCAGUGUGGAUUACAGACCUUGUUCCUCGCCGAUGUCCAUUUGUACCUCAAAUGGGUGAUGAGGUAUACUAUUUCCGACAAGGCCAUGAAGCAUAUGUUUUAAUGGCAAAGAAGAACAAAAUAUACAGCAUUAAUCCCAAAAAACAGCCAUGGCAUAAAAUGGAGUUACGGGAGCAAGAGCUGAUGAAAAUAGUUGGAAUCAAGUAUGAAGUUGGGCUUCCCACACUGUGCUGUCUUAAACUUGCCUUUCUUGACCCAGAUACUGGUAAAUUGACCGGAGGAUCUUUUACAAUGAAAUAUCAUGACAUGCCAGAUGUAAUAGAUUUUCUAGUCUUAAGGCAGCAGUUUGAUGAUGCAAGGCACAGACGAUGGAACAUAGGUGAUCGAUUUAGGUCAGUAAUUGAUGAUGCUUGGUGGUUUGGAACAAUUGAAAGCCAAGAACCACUUCAACUUGAUUAUCCUGACAGCUUGUUUCAGUGCUACAAUGUCUGUUGGGACAAUGGAGACACUGAGAAAAUGAGUCCUUGGGAUAUGGAGCCUAUACCAGACAAUGCUGUGUUUCCGGAAGAGCUAGGAACUAGUGUUCCUUUAACAAAUGCAGAAAGUAGAGCAUUGAUCUAUAAACCUCUGGAUGGAGAAUGGGGCUCCAGGACCCGAGAUGAUGAAUGUGAAAGAAUAAUAUCAGGGAUAAACCAGUUGAUGACUCUGGAUAUUGCAUCUCCUUUUGUGGCACCUGUGGAUUUUCAGGCUUAUCCAAUGUACUGCACUGUUGUUGCAUACCCUACUGAUCUCAGUACUAUUAAGCAGAGGCUGGAAAAUAGGUUUUACAGGCGACUUUCAUCACUUAUGUGGGAAGUUCGAUAUAUAGAAUAUAAUACACGCACAUUCAAUGAACCUGGAAGUCCAAUUGUCAAAUCUGCCAAGUUUGUUACAGAUCUCCUAUUGCACUUCAUAAAAGAUCAGACUUGCUAUGAUAUAAUUCCGCUGUAUAAUACCAUGAAGAAAAAAGUCUUAUCUGACUCAGAGGAGGAAGAAGAGAAAGAUACUAACAUGCCCGGAACUUCUACUAGGAAGAGGAAGGAUCAUCAGCCAAAGCGGAGGUUGCGUAACAGGGCUCAGUCGUAUGAUAUCCAAGCAUGGAAAAGACAGUGCCAGGAGUUGUUGAAUCUUAUUUUUCAGUGUGAAGAUUCUGAACCUUUUCGCCAACCAGUAGAUCUUUUGGAGUAUCCAGAUUACAGAGACAUCAUUGAUACUCCAAUGGAUUUUGCUACUGUUCGCGAAACACUGGAAGUGGGGAAUUAUGAGUCACCAAUGGAGUUGUGUAAAGAUGUGAGACUGAUCUUCAGCAACUCCAAAGUUUAUACACCAUGCAAAAGAUCAAGAAUUUACAGCAUGAGCCUGCGUCUGUCUGCCUUCUUUGAGGAACAUAUAAGUUCCAUUUUAUCAGAUUACAAGACUGCUUUGCGUUUUCAUAAAAGAAACACAAUCAAAAAGAGGAGGAAGAAAAGAAGUAGAAGCAGUUCUCUUUCUAGUAGCACUGCAUCAAGUCCUGAUAGAAAGCGACGGCUACUAAAACCGCAGCUGAAAGCUGAAUCCCCAGCGGUGCCUACAACCUCUACACCUAUGCGUUUAACAUCCUUGAGAAAUGUUACGGCUCAGAUGAAUGGAAAAGCAACUGAAUCUGCCACUUUGGUCCGAACUAGGAGCACUAGGGCAGUAACAGAAAUGGCUGUGAAUGAACAGCCAUCUACAUCAUCAGGAGGGAAAUCUUUACCUGUGAAAACUACUGCUGCUGUUGCAUCAGGGAAAUCAGUACUGGAGAAUUCCAGCAAACAUUCUAAGAACCAGAAUCCUUCAUUAGUCCCUGAUCAAACCAAUUACACUCACAACACCAGGAAUAAUACUACAAAGGAAAAUGUGGAGAGAGACAAACCAGUCAAACGGAAACCAAAGUUAUCUGCUCUCAGCCCACAGGAUUGUAAGAAUAAUGCUGUGGUGUUGGCAUCAGGAAGCAUCCAAGUAAAUGGACAUGGGGGACAGUCUUCAAAACCUGUAUUUAAGAGAGGUCCUGGUCGGAAACCCAAGAUUGAAACAAACAACAGUACCUGUGAAGUGGUACAUAAGAAAAGAGGACGGAAACCAAAAAAUCUUUUACUUGUGCAACAAAAAUUAGUGGACCAGAAUACAGUCCCAGCUACUAAAGACUUGCCAGUAGAGGAAGCAUCUGUUUCUACUGCCUGCAAUUCUGUCUCUGAAAAUAAUGUGAAAGAGGACUUAAUACAAAGAAAAGGCCGUGGAGGCAGAAAACCUAAACGGAAGCUAGAGGCACUACCAGCAGAAUUAGAACUUGCAUUACCUGCAGAUCCUAAAAUUCAGACAAGAAGUAGGAGGAAAAAACCAGAUGAGCCUAUUGAAGAAGAGUCUGAAGAGCUUAAAGAUUCUGAACCCCAUAUGAGAACUAGAAACCAGGGCAGGAGGACAGCCUUUUACAAUGAAGAUGACUCAGAGGAGGAACAGAGACAGCUGCUAUUUGAAGACACUUCUUUGACUUUUGGGACAUCUAGCAGGGGCAGAGUCCGAAAAUUGACUGAAAAAGCAAAGGCUAAUCUUAUUGGUUGGUAACUUCAGCAUUUAAGAAUGCUGAUAAACAGGUACAAUUGAGGGAUUAGUGGAACUAAGGAUAUCUGCUUGCUCUCUGCUGCUCUUUACAGACAAGAAUAUGUCUUGAGUUGAAAGAAGUAUAGCAAAAACAAACUGAACAGUUCUUUGAAAGAAGUAUGUAUUUUAAACUUUUGCUAUUUAUUGCCCUCCAAGUAGGUUAUGCAUUUCAAUUCACUUUGUUCAGUUGAUAUUGACAAUUGUAUAAAUAAAAUUCUUGAUUUACAGAAAUGUUACUGUAAUUUUCAACAGUACAUUAUGUCUAUUUGAUUAAAAAAGGUAAUAGAAUUUUUAAUGUUACAUACUGAGAACAGAACUCCUAUUUUUGAAUGAGCAAGGUACAAUACAUUUGUAUAGAGUGUAGUAUUUGUGUUUUACAGGAUAUUAGCAAAGAGUGGCAGUAAACGCCACGGAGGAAAAAUGCAAAAUUGCCAGACUUCGCUGUUAUGAUGAGGACUAAUUUCAGCAGAGAUUGGGCACACAGCUUUGUACAAACAAACCUAGUGCAGUUUAUUAGUAUAUCUAGGUUCUGCCAAACAGAGAGAGAAAUCACUAUAUAUAUAGAGAGAGAUAUAUAUCCACAUUGGAAAAACUGUGACUAAUAUGUCUAAUUUUUCAGACCUUCACUCUUCUAUCAAUCAAAUCUCUGUUUAUUGUGCCAAAGACUGAAGAACAGGUGCAGUGGAAAGUUUUGAGUGUCAGCUUUCAAUUAUGUUUUAAGACUCCAUGUUCUAAAUAUCCAUUGUUCUGAGAAGCUCUCUCUACUAGUACUUUGUAGUAGAAAAUAAUUAAUGCACUGGUAGGAUCCUUUAACAGUUGUUUAGAUGAGACGUAUAAUUGGGUUAAAGGAUUCAAAGAAGCUGCAGGAAAAGUGUGGGAUUCUGAUGUUUAUGUUACAAUUCAUAAUUGAUUGUUUUUACAUAUUGUGUUAAACUGGCUAAAAUUACUUUUGGAAGAAGUGUAUGUGUAUGUAUAUAUGGAAUAUGUACUCACGCACAUAAGCAUAUACAAUAUUUCCCAGGUAUAAUUUUUUCAGGACUUUUUAGGUAGUACUAAAUUUUAAAUUUGUAAAAAAAAUCAUACUUUAAUUUUAAGGGAGAAAAUUGGUUAUUUUCAAUUACUAAAGAUAAAAAGGCCAAAUCACUGUUUAUGCAAUCAUGUUUUAUACAGUGUUCUCAUUGCACAGUUUUUUUCUGCACUUUUUACAGUAUGCUUAUCAAGCUAACAAGUCAAUAUAUACCCGUAAAGGAAAAUCCCACUUAAUGAUUGUGCCUUGUAUUCUGUUAUUUCAUACAUCUUCAGUAAACUUAAGUUGUCUAUUGUAAAUGACUAUAUGACUUGGGGGAAUGUAUUGCUGUAUGUACUGCUAUGGUAAAGAAACAGUUAUUUAUUUGUUUAUGGUACAUUCACUUGUUUUAUACGUUAAAAACAAACUUUAAUAAUACAGUUUUAUUGUUUAAAAGUAUAGUCCACUUUAAAAGGAAAAAUGCAUUACAAAACAGUAGCAUGGUACAAAAAUGUAACCACUCAUUUUAAUUAAUACACUGUUUUGGGAAAACAAGGUGGUGUGUGAAAGAACAGUGGUCAUUCUUUUACAAGCACUCUGAACUGGAUAUGGAGAUGCGUGUGGUAGCAGUUGGUUUUCUUUCUGCCAGGUUUCCUGUCCCCUAAAACUAUUGGUGUUUUCAGGCUGAGAGGAUGCUUUUUGUUGAUGAGAAAUUUAAUAUAGUGUCCUAUAGCUCCAUGUUGGUGGGAAUGGUGGGGGCAGGGUGUGCUGAAUUCAGUUUUCAACUCCUGUAAUAAAAUAGACUCAACUGAACAUGGCAGCUCUCACAAUCUUUUUGGGGCCGUUUGUAGAAUUUAUUUUUCAGUUUAAAAAUCUGCAGGUAAAUCCACCUCCAAAGCCAGUCUGUCCCUUUGUGUAUAUGUGCCUCAGUUUAGCACAGUGCAUGUGCAGCAGUGCUUUAAUAUUCAACCUCAGCUAGCUUAAAAAACAACAUUCAUUCAUAUUAAUUAGUUCCUAAAAUGCAUAGUUGAUUUUAGUACAGAAUACUCACAAGUACAGAGACCAUCUAUUUCUGUCCCUAUUUCUGUUGCCUUAGGGUUCAACUCUUUAGGCCCUUUGAGGGUAUUCUGGGGGUAUGGAAGAUUUUUUUUUGCUAGCAGUUGAACUGUUCUCAUUAAUUUUAGAUUUAAAAAAUCAUUAUGGUUUGGCAUUUUUAAAAAAGUUAAACUAUUUCAUAUACUUUCAUCUAUCAGACUAUCCCAAAUGGUGUAAAGGGCAGUCAUCUAGAUUCUACUGACAUCACCCUUCCCUGGCCCAGUAGAGCCAAUUUUUUAAUUAGCAUUUUCAAGAAAAGUGAAUGAAAUGGCCUAUGUUUAAAAACAGGAACCAUGCAUUCCUACUUGUAAUGUUGUGGGCAUUAAACACAGUGUGCAUUAAUACAGGCAUCAGAAUAAGCUUGUUUCACAAUGGUAGUGUUAUACAUUUAAAUUGAUCAUUUUAAUCAACAGUUGAUGAAGGCAAUCAAUUUCAAAUAAAAUGUUCUGAUGUACUCUGCAUUGUAGUAUAAAAGAAAAUGCAAAGCAAACCGGAAACUCCAAUGGUUAUAUUUACCCCAUUUACAAUUAUGUCCCAUUUGGCAUGUUUAUGUAUAUACUUACAUGCAGCAAAUAUUUGUAUCUUACGUUGGAGAAUGGAAUAAUCAGUGUCUGAAGAUUUGUGGUACACUAAUGUAUUCACCUUUCACAAAUAAUCUGUACAAUUAAGAAUUCAUGUUCAUCUUAUUUUUCUAACAUUAUGGUGGUUGUUCAUUUGUCUAGAAAUAACAAUUUAUAAAAUACAAAUGUGCUACAUUUUCUAAAUAAGUGCUUUAGAUUGCAUUUCUUUUACUUAAAUUACUAUCCUUGAUUAGAUUUAACUGAUUUACAAGAUGCUCAUUGUACUGUGUAUGAGAGGGAGAAUGUUUGAUUUAGCACAUUUUAAUCUAAGCAAUAAAUACUGGUUCAGUAAUUUAACUGUUAUGUGUCACAGAUAAUACUGUUUAAAGAUAAAUGCAAUAUUUAUUUUUAUGGCACAUUUUACAUGUAAAAUACUAUGUAGAUUGCCUUUUCCACUGGUAAUUACUGCUGCUCACCCAAGUUAAUAUUUUACGGACUGGGCAGUAAUGAACAGACACAUAAAAACGCAGUCGGCUGACAUGGUUUCUCAUAUGGGGUGGUCCAUUAGUUCCUUAAUGCUGUUUAUGAAAUUCCUUUGAUACUAUCCCCUGGCUAUCAUGAUAAUGUCUGAAACUAAAACAUUCUUCCUGUUUUGGAGCAUUGUUUCUCUUAUAUUUUUCUUUUUUUACUUCACUAAUUGAAGCCCCUCCCCUUCAAUUCCUGUGUGGUUAACCACUGGAUAAUGUUAAUUGUGUCCCAUCAGUUUAGCAUGAAUUACAUCUAUCAAAUAUUUUUGAUAUUUAAAUCGUUUUGUGUGACAAUGCAACUUCAUAAGAACCAUCUUCCAAUAGAAACUAGACUGCUUUGAUGUAUUCUUGCCUACAAUGAUUUGUACCAUACUGUUGGUUUGUAUGCGUAUGAUCAUUCUUUUGUUAGCAUUUAAUAUAACUUUGGAUUAAUAUUUUGUAAAAUACAGGUUGAACAGUUUAUUCAGCAUGUAGAAUAGACUAGCUUCUUAAAAUCAGUGGGCAUAUGUGUAUUUAAAGUACUUAGAUCAUGUGCUGUAUCUCUAUACAAAUGUUUCAAGGUACUAAUUGGACUUUUGUUUCAGAAGUAAUACAUCUGACUUUUUUAAUACAAUAAGACCCCAAUUCAUAACCAUGGGUUCUCACAAGUUCUUGCAUACUGAGGUGUACCUAUUUCUUUGAAUGGAAUAGAACUAUCAUUAUAUUCUGAUCCUGCAUUGAACUGAAUGAGAGGGGUAUAAUACAAUUUCUCUUCUUUCUAGUUUCUUGAAAUAAUUAGCUAGCAGUAUGAUCUGCAACUGUAUAAAGCUGGAAAAAUUAAAUUAAACUAACUGGUUAAGGAUUGAGUCCCACGGCUUGUAUUUUAGUAAAAUAUCAGCUAUAAAUGCUUUGGGGGAAAUAGAGCAAAUUGAGCCUCAAAAACUUUGGUUGAGGCAAAUUGAGCCUCAAAAAUUUUCAUGAUUGUGGAUCAGGUUUUGUGACAUUGUGUGUUUGAAGGGAACCCUGAGCAUUAGUCACACAGUUAUUCUUUGUAUAAGUCUGUACUGAUCAUAAGUUCAUUGUUCAACAUGAAUGGAUUAAAUUGUGCUAUAUUUAUCAGGGACUGGAUCCUAGACCUCUUUUCACUCAUACCCACUGGUGAGUGAUUUUUCCUUUCCAUUGUACAUUUCUUUGCAGACUCCACUUUCCUGUGCCCAAGUAUUCACCAGCCCUCAAGAACCAUAUUGUGAGGAGCACAAUGGCCUGUUAAAGGGAAGGUGGAGUCAAAAAAGGUAUAUUGUGCUAAAAUUGUAUAGGUUCCAACACAAUAGCUGAAAUCUGCUAGGUUUAGGUAACUGCCACUCAUUUUGAUGGGAAAUACGUGAAAAUAUACAUGUCAAUUACUGGUGCAGAAUUGCCAUUGCUGAUCAGUUACAUCAAAUGAUGAUAGAAGGCAUAUAAGCAAUAGUAUAUAUAUAUUUUUCCUGAUUCAUGGUUUCUUUUCAGUAUGUUUACUCUCAAGACAACCCAAAUUUGAAGAAUUGGCGAGUGUGUGCAUGCAGCCUGUGGUCGAUGUUUGUAAAUAUUGCUUUGUAAUAAUCAUGACAAUCUUCAUUGAAAGAAUAUUAUAAACCUCAGCUUUGAGACAAAAAAAAUCAUUUUCUCUCUGUGUUCUACCUAAUGAUGGUUUAGGGCACGAUCCAGUUGGCACUAACAUUCUCUGUGCAAGUAGAAUUUGCAGAAGUUUGUCCCUUCUCUUAAUGGAGAGCUGUAUUCAAGGGACAGCUGCAUGCACUUCACUGUGCACACAAAAGACUAACUGGAUCUGUCUGUAUAUUUUAUGAUGUAUCUCUUAAUCUUGCACUUCUUGUAAUUGGAUCUAAGUAUUCAUCUAAUUAAAGGGCUGUUGAAUUUUUUGUAAAUAAUGUACAUAGAUGUUUAUACUUCAAAGAAAUGGUGUACAUUUCAUAUAUAGUGUCCAAGUCUGAAAAUUAUUUCUAAUAUAACAAAUGGGUCAUUUUUAUGUUAAUGUUAUAUGAUUUGUAUUUUAAUCAAGGUUGCUUUUAAUGGCAAUUGGAAAAAUUGUGAAGCAAAAAACAUAUUUCUAUAACUCAUGGUUUGUUUUGCAGUAUUGUUCAUAAAGUUGUGGAAUAGAGAGUAUCUUUGAUUUUAAAAAGGUUACAUUUGUUACAAAUUUAUUUUAAAGUUCCACAGAGGGAAGCAAACAUUUUAAAGACCUUAAUAUCACUUUGGUUUGCAAAGACAGAACCCUAAAUCUGUUUUUAGAAAAGUAAAUAAUUCAGUCACUAUCCAUGCCGACUUAAAUGUAAUUUAAUCCAUUUUGGUUACAAAACAUGCAAAAUACUUAAUAGCUGGGAUUUCUAAAAGAUUAAUGCAGGUAAUUAUAUCAGGAAACUUAGAUAUGGCCUAAACAUUCAUUUUAUGUCAAAUUAUCUAGUUGGCUAAAAAUUAUUACCUCUUGAACAAAAUACUGACAUCAAAUUUGUGCACAGGCAUUCAAUGUAAUGGGUGCUCAAUAUAAGGGUAUUCAAUGUAAUGUAAGCAUCUGAAAUACAUUUAUUUUAAAGGAUAGGCUGUGAGAACCUUCAAAGUUACAUUUUUGGACCAUAACACUGCAAAAACUUGAAAAGUUCUUGAGUGAACUGUUUAAUCUUGUUACUUAAAAUGUUGAUGUAUAAUACAGCUCAAUUUAAGGACUGUCUGGAAGAUUGCAUUUUGAAACUGACACAUUUUUAAACUCCUUAUUUUGUACAGUACGAUGUAAAUUCCCAAAUCUGUCUGUGUAACACUUUAGAUUUAUCAAGGUUUGUUUCUCUUAGAAAAAUGUUUUUAUCAUGUUACGAAGUGUAGUUCUCACACAUGGAUGAAGAGUGCCCUUCCCUUUUGUACAUAUUGGUUGAAACUUUAUUGUCAUGUGAAACACCUAUGUUGGUUUUGAUGAAUAAUACUUGGAAUCCUUUUAUACAAACUAGAAUGUACGUGUAAGAAUUACUGUCACUGCAAUGUAGUAACUACAAACUUAUUUUUUAAUAAAUAGAAAACUCGUUUUUCUA